AAUGCCGACGCAUCACCGGAAACAAAAGUGGCGCAAGGUACUUGUGCAGUUGUGCGUCCGCCUCGAGAGUCUGUUCACCUCCAGCUGAAAGCGCUACCGGAAAUCGAAGAGGACCAGAGCGGAAGAACUCCUACUUCAGCGCGGCAGCACGCUGGUCUCUUUUCUUCAUUGCACGAACAGACGUUGCCACUGUUUGGCCCACCAGCAACUGGAUCUUCUACUGCAAGACAAGUUUCGCCGCGAACUUCAGCUAAUGUUGCUGCAGAGGCACACAACAACGGGGGGCCACCCUCAUCGCCGGAAGACAUGCCAACUUUUGGCAGCAUGUUCCUCCCGGGUAGCAAUGGAGUGCAGGUACCGCGAUCUAGUGCGGCGGAACACAAUCUGCAUAACGUCUUCUCGAACGAGAGCGCAGGGAGUCAUGUGCUGCAAGCCGCUUCGUCGCCGCUGGAGGUGCCGCACUACCCGGCAUCGUCGCCGUUGUAUCCCAACUUCAUGGACUUUCAAAGCG